GGUGUCAACGGUGUUAAUAUGAUUUCUUUCUUAAGUGUUCCUUCUUAUAAUAUCCUCUUCGUCUUAUCGGAAUUAGGUCCACAAUUUAUUUUUUAAAUAUAUUUUAUGUUUUUAUUUCCAUUUUUUAGCCUGUUUAUUUGACGUUAAAAAAUUCCAUAUAAAAUACUGCGAUUUUUUUUUAACUUGUCAAUAAAAUUAUCCCUUUCCCCUUCUCACACCCGAGCUUCAUUUUCUUUCACUGUACCGGCCGAGAGAUUAAACGGUUGUAAAAUCUAAUAGUUAUCAUGCUUUGCUUCCUUACUGAAGUAGGUAAUGAAAAUGAAUAUUACAAUGAAUAAUACGUAUGCUUCUAAACAUGAAUGUACUAUUAUAUAAUACGUAUGCUUCUAAACAUGAAUGUACUAUUAUAUAGGGAUAUAAGUUGAAGGUGCUUAUCAAUAUGAAUGAAAAAUCACAUGCCUCUAAGUCAUUUGCUCAGAAAGAUUGUUUGGACAAACAUACACCUCUUCAUUUGCACGAGAAAUUACUUCAGUGUAAUAUGUGCUGCAAGUUAUUUCGAAGAAAAUGCGACUUAAGAAAACAUACGUAUUCCCACACAGGUGAGAAACCCUAUGAAUGUGGUGUGUGUUUUAAGUCAUUUGCAGACAACAGUGACUUAAAAAAGCACAUCUAUAUUCAUACAGGUGAGAGGCCAUAUCAGUGCGACAGAUGUUGCAAGGCUUUUUCACGAAAGGCCCACUUAAAUCUUCAUAUCCUUUCUCACACAGGAGGGAGAUCAUACGAGUGUAAAGCAUGCAGCAAGACAUUUUCUCGAAAGUCUAACUUGAGCACACAUAUGCAUGCUCACACUGGUGAAAAAGCAUAUGAGUGUAGUAUAUGUGGUAAGUCAUUUGCACGAAAAGACUACUUAAAGAAUCAUAGACAGGUCCACACAGGUGAAAAACCAUAUAAAUGUGAUAUAUGCAAUAAAGUAUUUGCAGUAAAAUAUCACUUGAUGAUACAUUUGCAUAUCCACACUGGCCAGAAACCAUAUAAAUGUGAUAUAUAUAACAGAUCAUUUGCAGUAAAAAGUAACUUGAAGAAACAUUUACGUAUCCAUACAGGGGAGAAACCAUAUGUUUGUGAUUUAUGUAGUAAGUCAUUUGCAAAUCAAUAUUCAUUAAGACUACAUGUGAAUACCCACACAGAAGAGAAGCAACCUUAGAACAGCAAUACUUCAAAAUAAUUUGUGCAUAUAAAAAAAAAAAAAAAAAAAUGUUGACCUGUGUGCAUAGUGUCUUUUUAUAUGAAAAAGGUGGAGUUCACUUAGCCCUACUGUUAACAUAAAAGUAUGCAUUAUGUUCUCUGUUGAUGAAAUAUAUAUUGUGCAAAGAAAGAAACUGAAAGAUUAUGUAAUUAAAUAAAUAUAAAUCUCAAUCUGAUAAAAUAA